AUUACCUUGAACACUAUGCAUAAACCAGAAGCUUUUCGGCUUUUGCGACUAUUUGACCACCAUCUCGUCUAAGUCUUACCUAAGGUCAUUUUAUACAGCAAAUUAAAUUAUUGUAAAAUUAUAAACAUAAACAUCAAAAUGCGACAAUUUGAAAGAAAAGGCGGUGUUUAUCGUAAGGCCAGGACUCCAAUGGAGAACAAGGCUGCUUUCCAAAUAUUUUGGAGGAAAAAUUGUCCAGAGGAGCCUUUGCCAGAGCUGCUAGAACUCCUUGACUCGCAAGAAAGCCUACAGCAGCGAGUUGACCUUUGCAAACAAAAUUUGAAUAGAGCCUUGGACAUUUUCAAGAAAGAAGGACUUCUUUUAAGAUUUUUAUCCAAAGUUUUAGACAGUAGUGAUUACGAUGACUUCAAGGGAGAUGUCUGUGGAAGUCUUAGGGUUAUUUUUUCGGAUUCAUUGGGAUUUGUUACCGACGUUAAUGAUCUGUGCAGUUCUGCAGAUGGAGCAGCUGCGGAGAGGAGCUUAGAAAAUGAACCCGUGACAGACAAGGAUUUUCGUGUACGCGGAGAUUCUUUUGCGUUUACAAUGGACACGAAAAUAAAAGAAAAACUUGACAAAACGGGUGAAGGGUUUGAAAAUGAGAGCGAAUCAGGGCCAGCGCGAGGCGGAAGUGAUUUCCAUUUGCAGGCUAGUGCUGAUCUGAACGAAUCGCAUUUCAACUCCUCUCCAGAGACAUCUGUUGGUACAAAUGUUGAAUUAUUAAAUAACCAAAAUGAUAAAGUGUUUUUGAACAGAGAAAGCCUUCCGAACGUUGACAUAAACUAUGAAGGGAGGAGUGAAAUUUUGUCCAAUGAAGAUGGCGAGUUUGGGGAUGAAUCAAACCAACAAGUCUUGAUGGCUGCGAGGGAUUUUGAGUCAAUGGAGGGGAAAUCUAGUGACUUAGAAGCUUCGGAAUUAAAAGAAGACGUACAAGAUAUCGGAAGUGUACCUCUAAAUGCCGUGUGUGGCCCUUUCAAGGCAGGAAUUUUGUCCAAGGAACGUAAAUGUAAAUGGAACGUUGAGAAUCCUUCGAGAGAAAAUCGCUGGGGUUUACGCGGGAGUUGUAAUCCUCAUACAGAUAGUGAAAUGACAAACCCCUCCGAAACUAAGUCCUUCGAAAGCCACAAAACCGAAGACGGAAAUACAUCUGAAAACAUCGGGAUGAACGUCACCGAGAAUCGAGAAUCGAAAGGCGAAGGUGACUCCGUGGAAAACAAAAACACGAGCUCUGAUCAGGAAUGUGAGAAUGACAAUUCGGAUGAAAGCAUAAAGAAGAAUGAGGAUAGUAAUCUUGAUAUAAGCGAUCACGAAGAUCGACCAACCCUCGCCGAGGAGGAGACGUUUUUUGAUUCGACAGAAGAGAAAGAAGCGCUCGAUUAUUCUCCCGAUGUGAUUGAUCAAGGAACGAGUAUUGUUGACGACUUGAUCUCUUACCUAGAGGGAAAUAUGGGAAACAGCAGUGAAGAAGAGGGGGAUUCUACUUGGGGAAGUAGUAYUAACUUGCCAUUUGGCUACCAAGGCAAGCCAAAUAGUAAUUUUAGAAAAAGGCAGUUGCAGUCUGUAAUGUCAACAACUAGUGCACUUAGUGGAGACUCUUGUCUAAGUCCAUGGGCACUUGACAUGGCAAUGGCAGAAAUCCACUCUGCCGACUCCUCCGAUCAAGAGGACACCCCAGCAGAAUCAAGCGAGCCGUCGCCUGUAGAUACAGUCCCUAAGGUGCUGGGUGAUACCUCAAGCAAUGAUACUGACAUGAGUGGAAUGCCCCCUGUAAGGCCGCCACGCAGGCAUAGCAAGAAGGGUAUGGUUCGUGCUCACACAGUGGGUACACCCAAAGAAAUCAGAUCAAGUAUUAGUGGAUAUUCAGAGGAAGAUGAAGUGUUCAGGAAAGAAGAAGAAGAAGGUUAUGAUGGUGACCAGGAAAACCAAGCACUUUCUCAAAGUCAUACCAAUGUAUCUGCAAUAAAAGACAAUGCAGUUAAUUUCCGCUCACUUCUAGACACAGGGGAAGAUGAGAGAAGAAAGUUAAGGAAGAGUAGGGGAUCAAAUGUGAUUUUAGAUCAAGAUAAUAUUGAUUUUCCAUCGUCUCCUCUGUCAUCUCCUAAUCAUUCUAAGCUUGGCACUGACGAACUUAAAGGAGAUGAUGCUCAGAAAUUACAAAACAGAAAGUGGGUGGCAUCUGCAGUAUUAGACAGUGAGAAAAGCUAUUUGGAAUGCCUUAAUACACUGCACAAGUAUAUGAAGCCCUUAAAAGCAUCUCUAGAAACAUCUGCACCUAUUCUCUCAACAAAUGACUUUGAAAAGAUAUUCUUCAAAGUGGAAGAGCUGUUUAAGAUCCAUGAUAAGUUCUAUAGUGACCUUGAACUUAGAGUAUCAAAUUGGAACAUCAGACAGAUUAUUGGAGACCUUUUCUUAAGCCUGGUUUAUCAGUUUGAUGUAUACAGAGAAUACAUUCAAAACUACAAGACAGUCAUGGACACCAUACGCAAGUGUAAAGCGAAUGAACAGUUCAAUCAAAUAUUUAGCAAGGAAAUAAAACUCAAAUGCUCACAAGAGGUAACAAUCGUAGAGAGUCUGUUUAGCAAACCAGUGGACAGAAUAGGGAGAUAUGUUACUGCAUUAAGUGAUCUUUUGAAACAAACUCCAGAUGAACAUCCAGACCAUGGUAUCCUUCUUGAAGUCCAGGUAAUUACCAAGGAAUUCCUGGCAAAGAUCACUGGUGGAGAUCAAAAAGAUGGACCUCCAGUUCAGAGGGUCAAAAGAGACCACAGGUUGAUAAAAGAUGGAUUUUUGGUUGAACUAUCGGAUGGAAUCAGAAAAUUCAGGCACAUUUUUCUUUUCAAUGAUGUGUUGUUUUCCACAAAAAGAAAAAUGACUGCCAGGCAAGAGCACUAUGUGUGCAAGUGGCAUAUACUUUUAUCUGAUUUACUCUUCCAUCCACAUGAGAAUUCUGAAGCCACUCAAAUGGUCCCAGUUGCCAGUGAAGCAGAUAUCGAGUUACUAAAGGGUAGAAUCGUUAGUCUAAAGUCCGAGAUCCGAAAAGAAGAAGGCACGAAGGGCCAAGGUCCAAGCCCUGAUGAAUCACCCUCCACAAAGCGAAAAAGAGCGCAGUCAACAAAUAAGGCAAUCGAAAAAUUAAAAAAGAAACUAGCUCAACAGGAAGCAGCAUUACUCCUUGCCAUACCUAGUCUACCUUUUCACUUGUACCACAAGAAAACGCCAAAGACUUACACAUUGCUUUGUAAGAGCGACGCCGAAAGGGCAGACUGGAAAGAAAGCAUUCUUUCUCUCAUCAAGAAAGGUCAAGAUAAUCCUCCCGGAGGCCAUUUGAGCGUCCUGGAAGUGCAAUCAUUCCUUGAGGCGUGUAAAAAGCUUAGAACAUGUAAGACGCUUGGAAAGGUGUCGAUUGAGGAAGAUAAAGAACUUCUGAAUGGCCUACUCUACGUAGACAUACAAAAUGGAAAAGGAUUUCACAGAAGUGACUUGUACUGCGUAUUAGAGGUAGAUCACUAUGGACAGUUUGUACGGAAAGCCAAGACAAAGCUAUGUAAAGCUACCGGUGAUCCCGUGUGGAAUCAGGAUUUUGAUAUCGAAGUAGAAGGAAGCAAAGAGUUAAGACUACACGUGUUUGGUAAAAGUCGAUACGCGCUCAUGAGCGAUGAGGAGUGUGGUCAUGGUAAAAUAAUGUUAACACGUGAGAAUUUGACCGACCAAAAAAAGCGGACCAUCACCAUCGCUCUUGAUAAACAGGGGGCGAUCACGCUUUCUAUCCAGUAUUCAAAAACGUUACAAGGCAUCCAAAGAAAGAAGUCCGUCAGUGAUUCUGGUGUGUUUGGUGUGGAUAUUGAUGCUGUUACGAGUCGUGAGCAAUGCGACAUUCCUCUGAUAGUCAUUGGUUGCGUACGAGAAGUUGAAAAGAGAGGAACCGAUGAAGUAGGUAUCUACCGGCUGUCUGGUGCAUCCUCUGAUGUCAGACGACUUAAAGACGCAUUUAACGAAAACAGCCAGAGUGCACUAGUUCAGUUACCAGACGCUGAUAUACAUGCCGUAUCUGGAUUGCUCAAGUCAUACCUACGAGAACUACCCGAACCAUUAUUCACUGAUCAUCUGUACAGCUCUUUCGUGGAUGCUUACGGAAUGUCCGACAAGGAAGAAAAGAAGAAGCGAAUGCUGGAGCUGCUGGAUUCAUUACCUAAACCCAACCGACUAACUGCAGUUUACCUGUUUGAACAUUUGAGAAGAAUUGGGAGUUGUAGUGAUAUCAAUAAAAUGGGACUUAACAACCUAGCUACUGUUUUUGGACCUAACGUAUUACGUCCCUCACUAAAGAACAGCAGUCCUAUGGACCUUUCACAAGGGACCCUGAACGUGAUGUCCCAAGUAGGAAUAUUUCUUUUCUUUCUGAAAUCAGACUCGGAAAGAACGAUGCUACCGGACGAUCCUCAACUUAGAAAUAGACUAGACCCUAAUUGGUCUGCCGCAGACGAUAGAAGGGACAGAUUGAUAUAAAUGCUGUCCUUUUCUACGGAUUCAGUGCUGACGGGAUCCCUGUGUUCGUCUUAGUUUUGCUAGACAUAAUCUUCAAUAAUUUUUGAUACGAUACCUCUUUUUAACCCUCGAAAAGUACGGCUCACUUGGAGAAUGUGGCUGAACAGAAUUCAGUAUAUUGUGAAAGAAUUUGCCAACCAGAACGUUGAGUUCUUAGUGUGACUCAUUGCGUCGUGGUUUACGUAGCUCGGCGAAGCUACAAUAUAAAGAAUUUUAAAGAAAAAGGGUAGUCUUGAGCGUACCUAGAGUAAAAAUCGAUGGAAUAGUUAACUCGCCCGACAUAAAAAUAUCCAACAUGGCGGAGAUGAUGUCACACCAUACUAUGCGAUCUUUUAAAAUGACGGCGAUGACGUCAUACCAUACCAAGAAAACUUUCAUAAUGGCGGGGAUGACGUCACAUACUUUUCUAAUUUUCAUUCUACCCAAUCUAGACCAUAAUACACCUUGUUUUUUUGGAAAAGGACCUACGUAAUAAUGUGCUAUUUUUGGGCACUCAACACUUUAAAAAAUGUUUUUAGAUGUAUCAUUUUGCAAGAUGCAAAUUACUUAGCAAAAUUAAUUUUCUUAAAAUAGUCGUUUCAGCCUUGGUUAUAAGAGCAGCAUCAUUACGGAAAUUGCCCACGAGAUUAAUUAGUUCAUAAAAGUAAACCAAGAUUCGCUCUACUUUGAUAGCUAGGUUUAGUACGUUACAUAAAGCGGUCUUUGGCCACUGGAUUACGCAAAUGCAUACUGCAGAUUUAGUGCAGUCAAACAACGUCUUUACAUCUCCACUAGUACACUAUUCAUUCCUUGCUUGAAUACUCAUUUUCAUACUUACCGCAUCUCGACAACUCCUUUGCACGUAAUUAGCCUCAUCGUGUUAUUCCAAGCACCAGUAAUCACUUAAUGUUUUCAGCCAAUCAAAUUUCAUUAUUUUGGUGUACCGCUGACCAGAAUUUGAUUACUUUCCUCAAUUCAUAUUUUUUAUGCAAAAAACGUUGCUACGCUGCGAGCAACAGCUGUUCGUGUGCGGGCGGACCUUAACUAUUAAAUAAAAUAGUAAUUUCAAUUAUAAA